CAGCAUCACGCUGCACAAUGGUUUCCAGGCAGUGAAAGAGGGUGAUUCAGCAAGCCACUCUUCUUCUUCUUCUUCUUUUUUUUGAAACCUCCCCUUAUCUUUUUAUUUUUAUGGGGGUGGUCGGUGCUUGUUAUAUGCUUACCUUUUUCCUUUCCUUUUUCAUUUUUACAAUAUUCCUUUUUUCUCCUCACCCCUCAAUUCCUAGGGGCUUGAGUGACUUUAAGAUUGGCUUUUCUUGGAAAUCACCUGUCCAUCAUUAAUUUUAAACAAUUUCCCCACCUGCAAAGAAUCUAUUCCUUAUUACAGUUUGGAAUGUGGUUAAUGAAAAACAAGUAGGGAGGAUUUCUGGGGCAAACACUGCUGGAUCAGGAUCGUAGUUCUCAAGCACGGAAUGGCUAGCUUGAGACACACCAACAGCAGGACCAUCUCAGAUCUUUGUUAUGGCAACUCAGGCAAGAAGCUGUUGAAUUAGACCCAUUUCCUGUAGAUGAGAAACCAUACAAGCAGUGGUAUUUAUGAGCCUCCAUUUAUUGUACUACUGCAGUGAACCAACCUUGGAUGUGAAAAUUGCCUUUUGUCAGGGAUUCGAUAAACAAGUGGAUGUGUCAUAUAUUGCCAAACAUUACAACAUGAGCAAAAGCAAAGUUGACAACCAGUUCUACAGCGUGGAAGUGGGAGACUCAACCUUCACAGUUCUCAAGCGCUACCAGAAUCUAAAGCCUAUUGGCUCUGGGGCUCAGGGAAUAGUUUGCAACUGUGCUUAUGAGGAUAAGACGAGGCUUCCAGUUGAGAAGCAUGCUCCUUUGAUGGGAGUCAAUGAAACUGAACCAGCAUAUUCCAAACACUCAUUCUUGGACUGGCAUUUCACUUCUGGAAAUUUAUUCAUAUUUAUAAAUAAGAUUGACAUGUGGUCAGUAGGGUGCAUCAUGGGAGAAAUGAUAAAAGGUGCAGUGCUGUUUCCUGGCACUGAUCAUAUUGACCAGUGGAACAAGGUAAUUGAGCAACUAGGAACACCAUGUCCAGAAUUCAUGAAGAAAUUGCAACCCACAGUAAGAAACUAUGUGGAGAAUCGGCCCAAGUAUGCAGGACUCACCUUCCCCAAGCUCUUUCCAGAUUCCCUCUUCCCAGCGGACUCCGAGCACAAUAAACUCAAAGCCAGCCAAGCCAGGGACUUGUUGUCAAAGAUGCUAGUGAUUGACCCAGCAAAAAGGAUAUCAGUGGACGACGCCUUACAGCAUCCGUACAUCAAUGUGUGGUAUGAUCCCGCUGAAGUGGAGGCGCCCCCACCCCAGAUAUACGACAAACAGCUGGAUGAAAGAGAACACACCAUUGAAGAAUGGAAAGAACUUAUUUACAAGGAAGUCAUGAGUUCAGAAGAAAAGACUAAGAAUGGCGUUGUGAAAGGACAGCCUUCUCCUUCAGGUGCAGCAGUGAACAGCAGUGAGAGUCUCCCUCCAUCCUCGUCUGUCAACGAUAUCUCCUCCAUGUCCACCGACCAGACCCUGGCAUCUGACACUGACAGCAGCCUGGAAGCCUCGGCAGGACCCCUGGGUUGUUGCAGGUGACUAGCCGCCUGCCUGCGAAACCCAGCGUUCUUCAGGAGAUGAUGUGAUGGAACACACACACGCAGACACUCACGCACACACACAAACACAGACACGCAACGACAAGAAAACAGCAAGGGAGAGAAUCCGAGCCUAAAAGUGAAACAAAUCUUUCAGCCUGCUUCUUCUCCAGAGUUCUGUAUUGCAGCUAAGCCAAAUGUAUAUUUAACUUCUAGUUGCUCUUGCUUUGGUCUUCUUCUAACAAUGCUUACUACAGAAAGCAAAUCAAACACAAUUAGAGAAGCCUUUUCCAUAAAGUGUAAUUUUAAUGGCUGCAGAACCAGCGACCUGUAACUGCCCUUUCAAAUGGCAUGACAAGGUGUGCAGUGGCCCCAUCCAGCAUGUGUGUGUCUCUAUCUUGCAUCUACCUGCUCCUUUUGGCCUAGUCAGAUGGAUGUAGAUACAGAUCCGCAUGUGUCUGUAUUCAUACAGCAUACUUACUUAGAGAUGCUACUGUCAGUGUCCUCAGGGCUCUACCAAGACAUCACGCACUGGGGUACCACAUGGUCCAUUUCAUGUGAUCUAUUACUCUGACAUAAACCCAUCUGUAAUAUAUUGCCAGUAUAUAAGCUAUUUAGUUUGUUAAUUGAUUAAGCUGUAUGUCUUACAAGAAAACAUGUAAAGGGGGGAAGAUGGGGGGAGUGAGCUCUCUUGGACCCCUGAAGAUGUAGCUUCCAAAUUUGAACUGAUUAAAUGGCACCUGUA